GCGCCCCUCGGGGCGUGCCGCCGCCAUGAGAUUGCUGCGGGCGCUGCUGAGAAGCGUCUCCCCGGCCGCCACCAUCCCUCAGCAGGUGGAUUUCUACUGCCGCUUCUCCCCGUCCCCGCUUUCCAUGAAGCAGUUCCUCGAUUUCGGAUCUGACAACGCUUGUGAGAAAACAUCUUUUAUGUUUCUGCGACAAGAGUUGCCUGUAAGAUUGGCCAACAUAAUGAAAGAAAUAAGUCUGCUUCCAGACAACCUUCUUAAAACACCUUCAGUUCAGCUUGUUCAGAGUUGGUAUGUCCAAAGCCUUCAAGAGAUCCUUGAUUUUAAAGACAAAAAUGCUGAAGAUACAGAAGCUGUUUCUCGUUUUACAGAUACUGUGAUAACGAUCCGGAACCGUCACAACGACGUCAUUCCUACCAUGGCUCAGGGCGUGAUAGAAUACAAGGAUAACUAUGGGGUUGAUCCAGUGACCAGUCAGAACGUGCAGUAUUUUUUGGACCGCUUCUUCAUGAGUCGGAUUUCAAUCCGAAUGUUGCUUAAUCAGCACACUUUGUUGUUUGGAGGAAAAGUUGAAGUUAACCCAGCACAUCCCAAACACAUUGGAAGUAUUGACCCUAAAUGCAAUGUGGUUGAAGUUAUAAAAGAUGGUUAUGAAAAUGCAAAGAGCCUCUGUGACUUAUAUUACAUGAGUUCUCCAGAACUUGUACUUGAGGAGCAGAAUGUAAAAUCACCAGGGCAGCCUAUGCAAGUAGUGUAUGUGCCAUCACAUCUCUACUACAUGGUUUUUGAACUUUUCAAGAAUGCAAUGAGGGCUACCAUGGAACAUCAUGCAGAUCGAGGAAUUUACCCUCCAGUUCAGGUCCAAGUCACCUUAGGCACUGAAGAUUUAACUGUGAAGAUGUGCGAUCGUGGUGGUGGUGUUCCUUUGAGAAAAAUAGACCGAUUGUUUAACUAUAUGUAUUCAACUGCACCGCGUCCCCGUGUUGAGACAUCACGAGCAACACCUCUGGCUGGAUUUGGUUAUGGUCUACCUAUAUCACGUCUCUAUGCUCAGUACUUCCAAGGAGAUCUGAAGCUCUAUUCUCUAGAGGGUUACGGUACAGAUGCUGUUAUCUUUAUAAAGGCUUUAUCAACUGAGUCUAUUGAAAAAUUGCCUGUAUAUAACAAAUCGGCUUGGAAGCAUUACACGGCCAACCAUGAAGCGGAUGACUGGUGUGUCCCAAGUAGCGAACCAAAGGACAUGACCACAUUCCGCAGUACAUAGCAGCAGGAGCCCGGGUGUGCUGAGCCAAAGAGGUCCUGGCUCAUGUGGUCAGCUUGCUUAGUACCACUGUAACAUGUUUUAUGGGGAAGGAUGCAUCUCCACUCAACUGGAGUCUGAAAACCGUAUCUGCCUAGAAUAUUCUACAGUGUUUAUUUCUAAGAAGUGAUGUCUUUCCCUCUUUGCAACUUAAAUUACUUUAGGAAAUGCACCUUAGAUUACUUGAGCAAAGUCUAGUGAUAAAAGACAUGAACAGUGUGUUCAAAUAUUGUUCUGUUUAACUACCAGGCAUUCCAGUGAACAAUUGAUGGGAUGUAUUGUUACUUCAUACACCUCCUCUGGGAUCAGUUGCACUAGCACAGCAUUUUGCUCUCAAGGACUUUACAAUGUGAGAGAAACUAUAUGAGGUUAUCUUGGGUUUUUGUUGUUGUUGUUGUUAUAAACUAUGUGGAAUCAAUUAAUUUGUUGCUCUUAGUGUAAACAACUCUUUAGCUUUAUAUUUACAGAUGAUACAGCUAGACAUAGAAGUGCUUGAGUCUCAUUCAUUUUAUUUUGAAAGUUGAACUAUUUCAAUUUUUGUCACUAAAAUAAAUGAUACUCAAAAGCGCUUAGGUUGGCUUGUCCAGGUGUAAUCCUUUCCCAACUGGAGAGCACAGAGCAGAUGUUUUAAGAGUGCAGGGCCACCUGUGCCCUCAGAAAGGAGUCCCCCUGUUACUACCAGGUUAAGCAGGUAAAAGAUUGCAGACGUCUGUUCCCUUCAAAUAUUAAUGGAAUUUAAAAAUGUUUAACUUGGGCUGAAUUUUCCAUUCACAGGGGAACUUGGUAGUGUUAAUAAAACUCUUCCUAAUGGAAUGCCAUUCAUAGACAAGUGUUGCCAAAUACAGUCAGUGUCACAUUGAUAAAAGGGUUUGAUCAUGAUGUGCAGGAGGGUUUUUUUGAUAUAUGAUUGCAAUAAAUUAGUUUCUUUGCACAUUUAUUGUAAUAUUCCCAUAGAACAGUGAGAUACUCUUGCUUUCUAAGAAAACAGAAAUUGGAACAUUAUACCGUAUCACUUAUUUAUAUUCCUUUAUGGCACAUUUUAAUUGUUCCAUUUAUGCUUUUCCCUUUCUGCCAUGCAGAUUUGACUAAUGACCUAGGUUAAAAUCAAAUUUCAUUCCACUGAAACCAGUUGAAUUCUGGUAUCAUUGCUAAUCCUUUAUUAUUGUUGUGGUAACUUAAUGUCAUAUGUCUACUCAAAAAAUAAAAUCCCAUUACAUGAGUAAAGGAUAUAGCUUGAAACUGCAGUCCUAAAUACAUUAUAACAGAAGCCCCAUUGAAUAUUGUUGGAUUUAGUAGGGGUGCACACAGAGAAGAAGAUUAGCUUCAGUCCCCAGCUGAUACUUGGGAAAACAUCAUACGCACCUUGGGUGAUUUGAAGCCCCACACCACUGCAGAUUGGAUUUAGGGCCUGUUUCUAUUUCCCUUCUUCAUUUGAAGUCAAAAGAUGGCUAGAACAUUUUUGUUUGACAGGCCGAGAUGAAAUCUUCAGAAAUAGUAAGACCAUAAAAGGAGAUGACAUAUAGUGAAUUUCAGACAAAUCAGUGCAGAAUGGGUUAUGUGCAAAAUGAAACAAAAUGCUUUGAAAUUAAAAUAAGCCCCAUUUGCAAAAUGCCUGUUACAGCCUUGGGUUUCUCUUGUCAGGGAAGCUCUUGUUGAGGCAUUAGUUCACAGUCAUCGCACCACUUCAGUGAGGGACAAGAGACAGCUUCCCAUAUUCCAUCAGGAAUCUUGAUGAAGGAACGAAAGGGCAAUUCUUUCUUUUCUUCAAAGGCAUUGGCAAAUGCUAAAAAUUGUUAUGUGCAGAGCCUUUUAAUACACAUGUGGCCAGAAACAAAUCUCAAAUGGAUACAGUCUCAGAAAAUAGCCAGCUUAAUUAAAAUAUACAGGACACACAAAAAAUAAUGACUGGUUAGAAGAUGAAAUACAGACCAGUAGAGGUACCCCCUCCCCCAGCAAAGCCAGCUCUGGCUUAUAAAAACUAGUAUUACAGAUAACUAAUAAGGACAAUUGAAACAAAAAAUGCAAUUGAGUGCAAAAAAUGACAAAGCAAUUACAGUCACUGGAUAGGUACAUAAAGUAAACUUCUAACUGUAAAUAGAUCCAUUUACUCCAUGCUAAAACUACUUAGUUUCCUCCUGUUGAACUUUGUUGUGUUCCUUCCAAUAUGAGGUGAUUCUCAACUUUUUAUUUUAGAAAUUCACCUUUUUAUACCCCUCAUUAGUUAAUUUUUUUCUAUACUCCCCAGUUACUCAGGCAGCCUCUGACCCAGAUGGUUUGCAGUUAUCCUUAUUUGCAGUUACAAUAGGACAUUUCAAAUAGAUUGUGCUCUGAUGGAACAAAACUUCACAUACUGUGAGUCUUUUUCCUAUAGGGAACAAUGGCAAUUCAAAUUAGUCUCAUUUUUUUGGUCCUAGAACCACCAAAGAAAGUGUGGUGACAGUCCAUCGUGAGAGCUACCUCCCACACAAAAAAUUGCCAAGGGGUAACUCUUAAAAUUGUUAAAUGUUUUUAAAAACCCUAUAACCGAUAACGGAAACAGUAGUUCAGCAUGCUCUCGGCAAGCUUGCUGCUUGCAGAAAUAGCCAUAGAAUGGAGCCCAGUGAAGAAGCACCAUCAGGGGGCUCAGGUCAGCAGUUCAUGGAAGAACAGCAGCAAAAGCAUGGAAACUUUAACUUCUCCAUAACAGAAUUGUUCAAAUUCAUCUUGCUUACCCAGGAGGCCCCAAUCUUCCUUAUGUCCAAAAUGGUUCUCAUCUAUCUGCUUGCCCAUUAACCAACCUCCCUUGCACUGAUGCCCUCUCCUGCUCAAAUAGCUCUGGACAACAGUUGCAGGGAGAGAGCCGGUGCCCCCUGCUUUAUGGACUCCUGCCUUCAUUAUGACCUGGAAGAAUGAAAGAAAAGGUAGAUAAAAGCUGUCAACACCCAGGGCUCCUUGUUUGGAAAACAGGCCCUUUUGUUUCAUGGUUAGCACCCUUGAGAAAUAGCUAUUUUGAGUGCAGAGUAUUUUGCAUGUCUUGGUGCAAGUGUUUUUAUAAAAUAGAAGUUACAUCAUGAUUUUUUUUAGAAAAUGGAAAUUGCUGAUUACUUCUAGGCUGGCUUGGUGAAAUGUUUCUGAGAGCAGGCCUGUUAGAUUCCUUAUGAAAAGGUUCAGGGUGUUUUGUGCAAAAGUAUUUCUAUUUUGAGGAGGAGGGGUUCUGUUUUUUGUGGGCAAUUGAUAGAAUAAUGGACAGUCUAGAGGUAGCAACUAAGGAACACCCCCUCAGUUACAGUGCUUAAGGCCACAGUCCUUAACAUAUUUUUACUCAGGAGAAAGCCUUUUUAAGAACCAUGACAAUGCCAACGUGUAUGGAUUUUAGAUGAUCAAGAAAAAUAGCAGACUAGAGCUACCUUUGUGUUGGAAAACUUUACAUUUCCCCUAUCAGAAACAAAGCUAUAUGUACUGAAUCACAGGAUAAGACUCUCCUCCUUUCAAUACUGGUAGCUCAGUGCUGGAGUUUUCAGGUUGUAAGCCUACAUUAUGGAAUUAAUUGUUGUUGGAAGGAAAUAUUUGUUAUGGAAACCAUCAGUCAGGAGUUUGACAGAUGGAUUUCGCUCUUGAAAAGUUAAUUUUUCAAGCUCAGGUGCCCAUUUGACUCUCAAGAAAAUAUGAUCAUCUGUGGCUAAUGAAACAGAGAAAGACUGAAUCAGUAUUAUCUGUCCCUGAAUGAAUUACAAAUGCCAGCCACACUCAGGUAAGCCUGUGGUCUGAUAAUCCAAUAAUGAAAAUUAUAUGCAGUCUGCCAGUCUGAAAACUAUACAUAUAGGUUUAAUAGACACCAAUAGAUUUGCAUGUAGAUGUACAUAUGUACAUCUUUGGAUAUAUGUAUAUUUUGUCCUUAUUGAAACAGGAUGGUGUUGGUGUAUUUGACAAUUCAAAUUACUGAAAGUUUAUAGAAAAUAAUUGUUGAUGCUACAAAAUGGAUUUGUUAUUUUUUUUGAAGUUUGAUUUCCAUUAAUGCAGUAUUUCAAAAAAGCAAUUUAAAAUACGCCUUUAUUGGAAUUACUCCUAUCCUAUUGAUAGUACUAGAUACAAAAAUCAUUGUUCUCAUAGCUGGAAAAGUAAAAUGGAAAACAAUCAUACUUUUUGUUUUUUAGAAUAGUAAACUUGUACUAUGAAAAGUUGGGCUUGUAAGAAAAAUUAUUACAGUAAUUUUUGUAAGAAAUAAAGUUUGAAUUUUUUUUUUAAAAAGGGUUUACAGCUUAUUGAAUAGGUGACAUCUAAUGUUUCAGGUGAAUUUUCACUUCAUUCUGGCUACUAGAAAUACUUGUUGUCUGCUUCUAUGAAUACAUGUGAAUAUGUACUGAAACACUUCUACAUUUGUAGUGAAUGGAAAGAAAUCUCAUCCCAAAAGGUUCAGAGACAAGUUAAAAGACAACUUAAAUCUGAUCUCAAACCUGAUCUCUCAGUCUAGGUAGUGGACAGAGACAAUCAGACUCUGAAAACUCAAAUGACAAAAAUUUCAUUCAGAAGUGAGGAGGUUCCUUCUUAGAUGGGCAUGUAAAAAUGGAAGAGACCACCCCCAUUUUGUUUUUGUUCUUUGCCAGUCUUUCAUGGGAGGAGCAGGAGCAUCUCUUGCCUGGUAAGCCGUGCCCAAACUUGGGGAGUGUUGGAGAUAACAGGAAGAAUACAACAAACUGGGAACUAAUGAAAGCUACUCAUGGGAUUAGGAGUUACGGAUUUAUUUUAUGAGAAUGAACUGAGAGGUAUAUGUCUUUGUUAACCCUUUGCUUGUUGUGUUAAACUCUGCAAAUAUCAAUUGUUACUUUAUCUCCUGCCUUCUUUUGGCUUUCAACUCCCAUUUAGUUCCUUAAGGUUGAGGAAUGACGCUGCCAACUUUCAAAAGCUGGUCAAUUUCUCAGAAGUCCAGGCGGCUUCACAGUUGUGCACCUUGAAGGUGUAGCCAUCUUCUCCGAUAACUGGGAGGAACAAAAGCGACAUAAGUCAUGCAACGCAUCUAAGUCUGGAAUGAUGAUUAAAGCCAAGAAAUGUCAAAUUGACCUUAAUCAGGUCAUGUAAUUUAUGCCACAAAGUGGGGUGAGGUACCAUUUCCAUCUUAGUAGCCAAGUUGAAUGCUGUUAUAGAAAAGCCCAUUCCUUAAGACAAAGAGACUAUGUGGGGUUACAACAAUAGUAAUUUAUUAAAUUUAUAUCCC